AAAUAUAUAUGGAUUCUAAUUAUGUAUUAAAAGGUGAUGAAUUUAUGAUGAAGGGAGAUAAAGCUCUCAAAGGUAGCUAUUUAUGUAAAUAAAGGUUCGACUUUUGGCAAUAUUUUUGGAUCAAAGGGAGAAAGAGCAGAAAAAGCACUUGAAUUAUAUAAGUCAGCAGCAACACAAUAUAAAUUGGGCAAAAAAUGGGAAAAAGCAUGUGAAGCAUACUAACGUUGUAUUACUUGUGAUUAAACUCUUAAAUCUGGAGAAACUGGAGAUUUCUACGUUGAGGCUGCCAAAGCAAUUAGUAAUGUUAAUAAAGCAGGUAUACUAAUAUGAUUUUGAGUAUAGAAUCAAUCUAAUUGUAUGAAAAAGCAAUUGAACAUUAUGCUAAUGAGAAUAGAUUAGACAAUGCUUCAAGAUAUAAGAAGGAAAUUGCUUAAAUUUAUGAAUCCGAGUUUGAAUUCCAUCUAGCAGUCAAAGCAUAUUAAGAAGCUGCUGAUCUAUUUUAAGCAGAUGGCAAAAGAAUAUCUGAUUAUAAUCAAAUGAGAUUAAAAGUUGCAGAAUUAUCAACCUAGAAUGCUACAGGUGAUUUAAUCGCAGCCAUUAAGGUUUUCUUCGCUUUAAAUUAUUUAGAUUUUCGAAGAUAUCGGUGAUAAAUACAUGGAAAAUAAAUUAACAGCACCAAGUGCCAAAGAACUUUAUUUUAAAUCUUGUUUACUUUAUUUAUGCAACAAUGUAUAAUAUCGAAAACCAAUUUUAAUAGGAUUCAGUUGGAUGUGGAAUUGCCCUUGAGAGAUAUUUGGAUAAAGAUCCUAGUUUUGCUUCAGCCAGAUAAUACAAAUUCGUUGUAAAUCUAAUUAAAGCUGUUGACAAUAAUAAUGCAUAAAUGUUUUCAGAUGAAUGGUACAAUAUUUUAAAUAAUUUACAGUUUUGAAUUUAAUAAAAUCAUACCUCUAGAUAAAUGGAAAUUAAAUGUCUUAAACAAGAUCAAAGAGGGAAUGUAACCACUUUAAUAGGUAGAAGAUGGAGGUUUUAGGUGAU